CAUAAAAAGAAAUGGUUACCAACCGGACUCGGGCAACGCUGCGUUUGUAAUAAGUGAUUAUUUUUCCCCGCGAGCAAAUUCCCCAAGGACGGACGUUUCGGUAAUUGUGAACCGUUUAAAAUUGCAUUAGCCAUUUCGGGUGGAUGCGUUUGGACCAGCGCUGAAGCGCGAGAGAAAAAAGCGGAAAAGAAGAUUUGGCAAUCGCAAGCAAAAAGGCAGUAAUAGCGUCGUUUAUUUGGCGUUCGUUCGGCCACCAGCAUCGAAGUUUGCGAAAAUUAUCACAUGAAACCCGUGGACCGGAAGCGUGCGAAAAUGAUGCUGGCCCUCAGCUCGAUAGCACCGAUGAGAUCGCGUUUGGGGUAGUUUUUUCCGUGCCGUACUGCCGUGUGUGAACGUGUGCAACCCUUGCCAGUCGUGAAGGUGGUUCAUGUGUUCUGGAACCAGCGGAAGAGAGUGUGUAAACGAACGAACUUUUAUUUGCCCCCGUUUUCCGAAGGAGAUCAAGAACUGCGCUCGCGACCCGGUUGGUGUCUUCCCGCUUAGUUUGAGCCUUUUGUUUGUGAUGACGAUAAAUAAAUGCGACCGAUAAUAUCGUGAACGAACAUACUCAGCUCGAUCGUUCGUUCGAGAAUCCCAAAAUAAAAAAGAAAACAAAAAAAAAGCAAACAAUAAAAGCAAACAAUAAAAAGCGCAAACAGAGAGUAUCUCUGCUCUUUCGCAGCUGGAACCGUUAUUCAACAGGAUGGCUCACGGAAACUAGACCUAGCGGCUUGCUUCCCCGGUUCACUGGAAAGCCUUUUAAUCGAACACCGACGCCAGUGCAGCAGGGUGCCUUCACACACUCACGCAUAAAAACGCGUACACACGUGGCUGCUCCCGGGAUUCUUACUUUCAAUCCGUCUAAAAAGCAGUCCUCCCCACGUUGACGUCUCUUGAUCGGUCAUUUUCUGUUCCUUCGCGGGAGGGGAAACCUUCAAUUGGUUUCGAAACCCCGGUGUCCUUGUGCUCAUCCAUCCAUCUCGAUAGUUGAGCGAAGUGACUGCAAGUGCGACGAUGGCGAUCAACUUUUCCGCCUCGUUUGCUGCCUGUCUGGCGGCCGGGUUGAAGGUACCCCGGCAGAUCAUGUACUGCAUCUCGCAGGACACGGCCCCGUACGUGCUGUACAAGGACUCACAGGAGGCGGCCGAGCGUGGGGCAGCGGCAGCAGCUGCCGUCCAGUGGGGCAACGGGGACGGUCCUGCCGGAGCCGCCAUCUACCAGCAGAACGCCCAGAAUCAUCUGCAGGCGCACAUGAAUGGGGCCGCAACACAGCAACAACUGGUGGCCGCUGCAGCCGCCGCCGCUGCUCAACACCAUCAGCAGCAGCAACAGCAGCAGCAGCAGCAACAACAACAGCAGCAGCAGCAGCAGCAGCAUCAUCAGCACACCUCCGCCACUCAUAGCCCCCCGAAUCAGGACAAUAGGCCACAGCAACCGGGUGAACAAGCGAAUGGUCAUCUACACAGCCCGGCCACUAGUCCGUAUCCUGCGAAUAACGGUCCAGACAUUGAAGAAGAUAUGAUCAAGGUACAAAGUAUGCAACAAGCCGUUCAGCACCAGCAGCCGAACGGACAGCAACAGUUGGUCCAGCAGCAGCAGCAGCAACAACAACAACAACAACAGCAACAGGGUGGCAACAACGCGUCAGCGAACCACCCGAACGAGCACCCGAACCAGCAGGGCAACCCGGCGGGUCCUGGAUCCGGUGGCGGAGGUACAGGAGGUGGAGGAGGUGCUGGGGGACCACCGGGGUGCUUCGGAAACGAGGCGGCCCAGGCCGAGCUGAAUUACUACGCCCAACGGCACCACGGAGGCCCCCAAGGCGCCAUGUUGCCACCGCCAGGAUUCGCACCGCUCCACCAUUAUCUCAACAAAUCCGGUGUCCUUCCGGUGGGCAUGCCUGCCGGGUUGGACCAGACCGGAGCACUCGAGCAGUAUGGCAUGCCAGAUUUGCUGCAUGCCGGUGGAGGCGCCGGUGGUCCUGGUGGACCUGGUGGAGCUGCCGCGGCUGCUGCUGCCGCUGCUGCAGCUGCCGCAGUCGCCGCCGGGAAUCAGCCCCAAUUGCAUCACUCUCCGGCGGCAAACGGCGUUGGUGGAGGUCCGGCAGGCCCUGGCGGUGGCCCAGGUACAGGUGGGCACGGGAAGUCCUCGAAAAACUCGGACCUGCGGUUGUUCAAGUGCUUGACGUGUGGGAAGGAUUUCAAGCAGAAGAGUACACUGCUGCAGCACGAACGCAUUCACACGGACUCGCGCCCGUACGGGUGUCCCGAGUGUGGAAAGCGCUUCCGGCAGCAAUCGCACCUGACGCAACAUCUGCGGAUACACGCGAACGAGAAACCGUUCAGCUGCGCGUACUGUCCGCGCAGCUUCCGGCAGCGAGCCAUCCUUAACCAGCACGUCCGCAUCCACUCAGGUGAUAAGCCGUUCGGCUGCCCGUAUCCGGAAUGCGGCAAAAAAUUUCGACAAAAGGCCAUAUUGAACCAACAUGUGCGCACCCAUCAAGACGUGUCUCCGCAUCUGAUCUUCAAGAACGGACCACACGCAACGCUUUGGCCACAGGACGUGCCGUAUCCGCCCGAGCUUGAAAAUGCCCAGCCCAAGGACGAGCAAACGUUCGGAGAUGAAGCGUCACAGGGCGGUGGUGAAUCGCGCGGAUGCUUCUCACCCGACAACUAUCCGUCCUACUUCAAGGAUGGUAAGGGCGUGAAUCACUCGAUCUUCGGCAACAAUCUGCAGUAUCUGAACAAGGCGACCGGUGGCAAGGCGAUGCUCCCGGACGUGAUCCAGCAUGGCCGUUCGGCGGGUAUGCCACUGUACGUGCGCUGUCCGAUCUGCCAGAAGGAGUUCAAGCAGAAGAGCACACUGCUUCAGCACGGAUGCAUCCACAUCGAAUCCCGGCCUUACCCGUGCCCGGAGUGUGGCAAGCGUUUCCGCCAGCAGUCGCACUUGACGCAACAUUUGCGCAUCCAUACGAACGAGAAACCGUUCGGGUGUAUGUACUGUCCGCGGUUCUUCAGGCAGCGUACGAUCUUGAAUCAGCACAUUCGCAUCCACACCGGCGAGAAACCGUACCGGUGCGGUCAGUGCGGCAAGGACUUCCGCCAGAAGGCCAUCCUCGAUCAGCACACCCGGACGCACCAGGUAGGAGAUCGACCGUUCUGCUGCCCGAUGCCAAACUGCAGGCGCCGGUUCGGAACCGAACAGGAGGUUAAGAAACAUAUCGACAACCAUAUGAACCCGCACUCGUCGAAAUCACGCAAGCUCGCUGCACUGAACAACAAUAACAACAACAACAACAACAACAACAAUAACAACAACAAUAGCAGCAACAACAAUAACAACAACAACGGUAACGGUGAUGCUUCACGCAACGGUACGGCCAACGGAGCGAACGGAACGGCCAACAAUGGCGCUAACAAUGGCGCCAACAACAACAAUAACAACAACAACAACAAUAACAACAACAACAACAACGGUAUUAUCGAGCAGAAGGUAUCUCCGACGUUUCUGAUGGAUAAGCAAAACCAGCUGAUCCAGCGGAUGGCUCCGGUAAAGCACGAGCUGUACUUUCCGCAAUGUUACGGUCCACCGUUUAACCAAUCCUUCGUAGCCGGUGCAGCAGCAGUUGCUGCGGCCAAUGCGAACGGGCAAGCGGCUGCGGCCGCUGCUGCAGCCGCUGCAGCUGCCGCUGUCGCCUCUAACGGGGGUGGACCACCGCCUCCACCGAAUCAGCAACAACCGGGUGGAGCAGCUGGAGCCGGUGGUAAUCAGCAGGCUCCGCCACCACCGCCACACGGUAAUGCGCCACCAAACGGUGGUCCACCGGUGUCGGCAGCGACAGCCGCCGCCGUAGCAGCCGCCAUCGCGGCCGCUCCGGUUCCGCAAGCCGUCGUGGCGCAGUGA